AUGCGGCCAACUUGUGUUCAAAGUGCGGCCGGGAUUUCGACAGAUGGAGCCCAAGGAAUUGCGGUUGGAGACGUGGAGGGCUACGUAGCGGGCUGGAACUCGGGGAUUCUCACGGUCGGAUCUGCUGGGAUUCCAAUAGCAGGAUUUACUGAAGUUUUUCCGGCCGAAAUUGAUGGAGAGUUUGGAAGAUCUUGGCCGGGUUUCGAAUGGGAAUUGCGGCCGAAAUCUUGGAGUUUUCGUGGUCGGGUGCUACACAGUUUUUGGGCGAUUGAAGCCUUGGGAUUUUUUGUGGUUUAA